ACUAGGCGGAAGGGGUUCCAGAUGAUUUGUGGCUCCAAAAUGAUCCAGGUUCAGCUCGCUCAUACCUGUGUCAAACCUUAACCGUGAUGUGGGAAAAAAUAGAAACUGUGCCAGAGUCAGUAGUUGGUAGUAGGCUAGGCUAUGUUCACCUGCGGGGCAAGAAUAGAACACAAGUGACUGAAUUACGCGGGGCAAUUGGAAAAUAAUCGAAUGUAAAAUUAAGUGAAAAUUGCGCACUGGCUGACUGUUUAACGCAAUGCACUAGCCAUCUAAUGUUAUCUUUUCUGUCAGCAUAGAGCGAGUUGGCUAACUACCUGUGUAUGUUAACUUACCUCGCCAUUUGAGACCCUACGGGAUGCGUACCUUCUUUCAACAAGAACCACUUCGUUAAGCUUUCUUACUUGAGGAUAUUUGGCUUAAUAACAACAAAGCUCAACCAGAUGUCAUGUCCUCAGAGUUUACAAUUGAUAUCCAGCUGACAGAGCUGGGCUUCCCUGAACUCUUCCAAGAUGAAGCACGGGCUAAGGAGGUGCCAUCGCAUCCUUGCCCCAAUGACUCCCCAUGCGCUCCUCUCACUCCUCCAGUCUCUCAGACUGCCCCUCCCCCUCCCAAAGACCUUCGCCCCGACAGUGUAGCGGGAGUUCUUCCAGACGCCAGUAAACCAACAAAGACGCGCGACUGUGUUCCCGCUCAUAAGGUCGCCGCACAAAGAGGUCAAAAUGACGACCAAUCGAACCCCGUCGACACACCCCAUACUGGCGCGGGGCCGAAGCACAGGGAGCAAAAUGUUAGCACCGCAGUCAGGAAAAAGCCGGAAGCUGCGGCAGGCCUUAAUUAUGUUAGUGGGGGAGGUGAUGGUGGGGGAGGUAGUGGCAGGGCGGGCAUGGGACCAGAGCAAGACAAUAAACACCCUGGAGCUGAAGCAGAGAAGGAUUCCGAGGAGUCUGAUGACAGCGAUGUCAGUGAAGAAGAUGUGGAGGAUGAUGAUGAUGAAGAAGAGGAUGAUGAAGAAGAGGCUUCAGAUGCGUCGGCGGACCCCCUGGCGGAGCGCAGCUGCCGGGUGUGUGGGCUGAGCCUGCCCUCGGCCUUCCAGCUGCGCGAGCACAUGCACCUGCACAGCGGGGCGCGGCCCUACCGCUGCGCCGAGUGCGGCAAGCAGUUCUGCCACCUGGCCAACUACCGCGCCCACCUGCGCAGCCACGCGCAGACCGCCGCCUUCCGCUGCCGCGUGUGCCAGGCGGUGUUCGAGACGGCGGACAGCCUGGCGCACCACCUGGAGAACUCGCACCUGGAGAAGGAGUUCUACCAGUGCGACUUCUGCAAGCGCAUCUUCGCGUGCCUGACGGAGUGCCAGCGGCACGUGGACAUGCACCAGCGGGAGCCGCGGCGGCACCACUGCUCCCAGUGCGACCGGCACUUCCGCCGGCGCCGCACGCUGGCCCGCCACAUGGAGCAGCACGCCGCCAAGCGCUCCUACCUCUGCACCGACUGCGGCCAGGCCUUCGAGCGCAAGAACGUCCUCUUCCGCCACAGCUUCUCGCACCUGGGCCUGCUGCCCUACACCUGCGUGCGGUGCCGCCGCCACUUCCGCCUGGCCUCGCUGUACCGCAAGCACGCCUGCGCCCCGCAGCGCAUCCAGUGCGAGGCCUGCCUGGGCUUCUUCCACAGCCAGGAGGACUUCCAGAGGCACAAGCAGGAGACGGGCUGCUGGGGCCACCAGGGCGCGGGGCAGCGGGCGCGGGGCGACGGCGUCCGCUGCAUGGAGUGCGGCCAGGCCUUCGGCAGCAGCGAGGAGCUGAGGCGGCACGGCAGCGCCCACCAGAGGGUGCUCACCUGCUCCGAGUGCGGCAAGGGCUUCCGCUCGGCCCUGCUGCUCAUGUCGCACAUGGGGGGCCACGCCGGGCAGAGGCCCUGCCUGUGCCAGCGCUGCGGCCUGGGCUUCCCGCACCAGCAGGGCUACGACAGCCACCGCAAGCUCUGCGGCCGGCCGCCGCCCGACCCGGUGGCAGCAAAGAAGCAGAAGAAGGACACUCCAGCUGCAGAGAAGGAGGAGAAGGAGGAGAAGGAGGAGGAGGCUCCACCUAAGGGUGUUUGGAAGCUCACGCUGGAUAAGUGUCCUCCUCCCGGCACGUCCCUGGUCAUGUUCCUGCCGGUUCCCGCAGACUCGUCGCCGCCCGGCCUGGCGGAGAUGGCCACCGCUCCUCCUGCGAGCUCGCUGUCAGUGAAAGAACCGCGGGCGCUGCUGGGGUCCGGUUCAGCCCAAAGCGCCACAGACUCGGCGGGCCAGGCGAAGGCGUCCGCGGGCGAGGGCCCGACGCCCGAGGCUGCCUGCCAGGAGUCGCUGCCGGUGCCGGGGACCACGCUCAAGCUGCAGAUCUCCAAGGCCACGUUUGUUCCCGGAAUGCCUCCCCCGGCGCCGACGGGCGAUGGCGCUCAGCCCCCGGGCCCCGCCCGCCCCCCCCCGGUCACCAUGCAGAUCGUCGGGGCCCCCGGGGCCGGGGGCCUGUUCGGCUCGGCUGUGGCGGGGAGGCCCCGCGCCGCCAAGGACCACCCCUCCACGAAAGGAAGGACCUGGACCAUCGCCGUGAAGGAGGAACGGGUGGAGGUGGAGGUCGGGAACAAAGAUGGCGGGGCGGUGGCGAAGGAGGAGGAGACGGGGCAGGAGCGAGGCUCCCUGCGGGCCGUGAAAGUGGAGGGCGGGGAGGCGGGAGCGCUGGGGCCGGAGGCUCCAAAGGAGCGAGGCGGAGCGUGUAAACCCGCGCGUGUGAAAAUGGAGCCCCCCGCGCGCGGAGUUUCCGGGAUGCCGCGGGGCUCGUUGAAGCGGAGCGACUCCAGCGCGGACGAAGGGAGCGACGCGGAACGCCAGGGCGCUCGGACCCGGCAGGGCCCGGGGCCCGGGACCACAGCGGAGGAGGAGGAGGAGUGGGGCAGGGUUUUCGACAGCGUGGAGGUGGAAAUUCGGGAUGAGGAGAUGGAGGCGGACCAGGAGGUAGACGGUGAGCCCCAUGAGUGUGUGAACUGCGGGAAGAUCCUUCUGGAAGGCGAAAUGGUCCAGCAUUACAUGCAGCACGCCAUGGAGUCAGACUCCCCGCUCCAAGACUGCUCUCCCGAAAUACAGCCCCUGUCCUCCUCCUCCUCCCCCUCCCCCUCUGUCUCCCCUCCUGUGAGCCCCCCCACAAAGAGGGAACUGAGACCCCAAAAGAAGCCUUGACCUUGGACAUUAUGAGCUUGGUUAAAUCCACAGUGAGGCCUGCAACAGUAGUAUAAUCGGUUCUAAUAUAACACGAUAAUGGCAAAGUAGUUGCAUGUUUCUGAAACCAAGGGGGUGAGUGUGGUACAGUGUGCAAGUAAACAGGGUUUUUGAGGCCUUUUGACGUAUUUUGUAGCUUUUAAACUCCUACCAUGUCACACCGGCGGAAGUUCUGAUUCACAAGGUUUCUGUUUUUUCGAUGCCUCUCUCCAAGACUAUUAUGAUUUAUACGAAAGGUGGUGUUCACAAGAGUGCAGACUGUGGUGUAAGGGCCCCAUGGUUACGGACCGAAUUCAGCCUGUGCCAAGGCCAGUCCCAGUCCCAGUGCCUGUGCCAGUGCCGAAUGUGGCUGGUCGCUCCAUUGGGCGCUGCGCGAUGGGCGAUUUCAUCACCCAGGGUAUGGGACGGUUCAAACAUGGUUUUGUGGUCCGUGUUUUAUCACCCAACAAACCAACUGCUCCGCCGUGGACUCCCAUGUCAACGGCGUCUCCCUUCGCUGCAGUCAGCGCUGUGAACAGAAGCAGCUGGUGACGCCUGGCGUAUCGGAGGAGAGGCGUGGGUGUCUGAAAUCUCCCUUUUUGGCGCUGGGGUUUGCGCUCGAACACGCCGCGUGGACAUGGUUCUUCCUCGUGGCGGUGGAAAUCGGACCCGUUUAGCCCUGCCUGUAAACGCGCUCUGUGAAUGUGCUGUGGUGAUUUCAGGGACGCACAGUCGAGGCGCCGUUACAGUAAAGUGUAGACCGUCACUGUUGAGUGUAGACUGUUUAAAAUGACUAAACCAUCUUGGCCAACAGAAGUCAGGAUUCAGACGUCAUGGGAAGUGUCUGUUGCUGCUGUGUGUGUUUGUACUUUUUAUUUUAAGAGGUGUAAGUAACUGUUACACAUUACACAUUUUUGUCAGUUUGCUCUGAUGCUGUAUGGAACAUAUUAUCUCCAAUUUGACCGGGUGGAACAUAUACCCACUCCUUCCUAGGUGCUGAUUAAUGGGAACAGAAAUCUUUUUUAUAAAUGUAAAAAAAGAAAAAAAGAAAAAAGAAAAUAUUUUCUUAAAAGUACAGUAAUGUUAAUGUCUCAUUUUUUUCUUUCACAACCUUAGUUGAGAAUUAUUCCAAUGUGCUGUUUUCUGUUUUAUAUAAACAUGUAUAUUCUAGAUCAUUAGGGCAGGAUUCAGAAAUUGAUUUUACUAAAUCAAAAUGGUUGUGUUUUUGUGUUAAUUUUGCCACAAAGCUGAACGUACUGCAGUGUUUUACCCCCCAACCCCUUCCGAUUUCCUCUGUCCUCUGGAGUUCACUGUUAAGAAGUGUGAUCUGUGUAAAAAGUUUCUUACUCUUUGAUCGACUGUACUGUACAUCCUUGUAAUUCCAGGAAGACAUGCCGACUGCUUUUUAAGCCCUCGUGCCAAGAUUGGUUUUAAUUUGGUGCAUGUGGUAUGUGAAAGUUCUCUGUCCGUAAGGAAGGUAAACGGUUCAUGCAGAUGUGAAGUCAUGGGACAAACGUUCAGCUCCACCUUGCAUCAACACGGUGUUUUAGCACAAUUUUCAAAAACUAAAUUAUGUUUAACUUUCGAGAGACAAAAAUGUAAUUGAAAAGUUGAAAGCUGAAAUUCAGAAUGCAAUUUGAUCAGUAAGAUUCAUCGGUGUCCUGUGCUUGAUGACCAGGCCUUUCCAUCGGGUUGUUGACCUACCCCUGCUGGGCAGCUACCUGUCAAAGAAGAAGAAUGACCUGGUAGAGAAGAAUUGAGGGUCUUUUACUGUGCAAUAUGAAUCCACAUGAUCUACCUGGUUUUUUUAUUUUCUCCCCCCCCUCCCCCCAAUUACAUAAUGUAUGUUUUUGGGUUUGUUAUGGCUUGCUGUAUUGUCUUUCAGAUAAUGUAGAAAGUUUGUCAUACCUUUAACCGUUGUACUGCUGGUAAAUGGGAACUGUAAAACAAAAUGUUUUGUUUUCUGUUGGGGAUGAGAGACUGUUCAUGUUUUCUUUUGGCAAAUAAACUUAAAACAAUGCA